CAGUGCUGCCGCCGCAACUCCGCCCCCCCACAGCACCCUCACGAGUCCCGGCUCGGCGCGGUUAUGGCCUUGCGGCUGGUGCGCGGCGCGCAGAGGGCAGCGAAGUCAUCGCUGCUUUGCAGCUCUCUGAGGAGCACCAGCUCUAAGACUGGAGGAAGAUCUGAACCUGCUAAACAGUCACUGAGGAAACCGAAGUUACCAGUAGGUCGCUUUGAUGAACCAGAAGAGUCCAGUGUAGAGAGGGAACCCCUGGAAAAAUUCCCUGAUGGAAUCAAUCCUGCUACAAAAGAGAGAGGUGGACCUAGAGGCCCUGAACCUACGCGUUUUGGAGACUGGGAGAGAAAAGGACGCUGUAUAGAUUUUUAAUGUAUAAACGUGUCUGUAUUGCUAAUAAAAUAUUUCUAUUUGGUGAAAAGUAUAAUGUACAGAAAAAUCUCACGUGGAUUUGUUGUGAAGCUUCUUGUUCUUGUCAUGCCUGUGAUGAAUUUUUUGAGAGAUGUUGUGUAAAUAAACAUGUGACAACUGAG